UGAUUAGCUUCUUGUUUAUACCACGUUGUGAGAAGCUAAGGCUGCAUUGACUCACUUAACCCUUCUGCAGGCUUGAAUGUAGUAACUCUGAGCUCCCUUGGAGAAAGAAAGGAGCAGCUCCCUUCACAGAGAGUUAGCAAGAAGCAGAAAAGUAAUCCUGCAAACUACCACCACCACCAUGAAGACAUCAAAUGUUCUUCUUGUCAUCUUAGUCCUGCUUUACAUCAAUGCCAGCACAGAAUGGCCUACGCACACAGUCUGCAAAGAGGACAACUUGGAAAUACAUUACAAAAGCUGUGAUCCCAAGCAAGAUUUUGCUUUCAGUGUUGACCAUUGUUCCGAAAUUGCAAGCCAAACCUUUAACGUCAGAGCUGCAAUGGUUUUAAGACAGAGCAUCAAGGAACUUCGCGUCAAGCUUGACCUAAUCAUGAAUGGAAAGACUGUCCUGAGCUACUCAGAGACACUUUGUGAGCCGGGUCAUUCUAAGCUUAUUUUUUGUGGAAAGAAGAAAGGAGAACACCUCUACUAUGAGGGACCAGUCACACUGGGAAUCAAAGAAAUCCCACAGGGAGAUUACACUAUUACAGCAAAGCUGACUAAUGAAGAUCAUGCCCUUGUUGCUUGUGCUGAUUUUACUGUGAAAAAUUAUUUAGACUAUUACUAACAAAUUAAUGUCAUGAAAGCUACAGACUACCAAAGCUAUUCAAGCCAAAUUAGCUGCUUGUAUGUUAAAAUGAUUCUGAAGGAAAAUAGUCCCUACACGGGUGGCUCUGAUGCUAUUGCUCUUUAUAAUUCACUGUUUUCAAGAAGUCACUAAACUCUCUAGUGGUAAUUUUAUCUCUAAAUGUACAGUGUAGCCCACCUUUUGCUUCUAAUAUAUACAAGUAAUAUACACAAGUAAAUAUAUGCAACUAAAGUAUCCAAUACCAGCAUUGUCAUUUUAGGAUGAGAAUAGCAUGAGGAAGAACAGGCAAGAGCCUGGACAUUUUUGUUUUGCAGUAAAUUAUGGACUUACCCAUUUCUAACACAGGCUAAAGAAGACUUGCAUAUUUGUCCUAUUAUGAUGUUACAGCACUCAACAUUAUCAGUCUUCCCCAGUGCCUAUCUGGAGCCUCCACUAAUACAGAUUUCAUUAUAACCACAACCAAAGACCUGAUAGGACAAACAUGCCCUUUUUUCCCCAGUGAUCCAUGCCCUGUCACUGGAUUGCUGUCACUCAGAUCUUCUGGAAUUUUUAUUCUUUAGUGCCCUUUAAGUGAUAUGUGAAUCAUUCUCUAUAUAAGCUAUGUGUUCUUCUUGCUUCUUAAUAAAUUCAUAAUGAAAGAA